AUGUAUGUUGCUGUUGCCGAGGAGCAAUCAAUGAUGCAGCGGCUGGACAAAGUAAAAGGAUGGCUUUCAGAUUUUCAAACCAUAGAAACUGAAUUAAUUGAAGUGAUAGAAAAUGGCAUCAAGGAGAUUGAGAAGAAUUUUUGCUGUGGAUGUCCCAAGAAUUGCUGCUCAAGGUACGAGUUGGGAAAGAAAGUAGCCAAAAAACUAAAAGAUGUUGCUAAUUUAAAGAGCAAAGGAGUUUUUGAAGAGGUAGCUCAAAGGUUACCUUCACCUCCAGCUACGGUAAGACCCAGUGAAGGAAUAAUAAUGGGCAUGAAAAAUAAUUUAUGUGAGAUUUGGGGGCACCUCGAAAAAGAAGAUGUGGGAAUCAUCGGCUUAUAUGGGUUAGGAGGAGUUGGGAAGACCACUCUGCUAACUGAAGUCAACAACAAGUUUGUCAAUACAACUCAUGAUUUUGAUGUUGUGAUUUGGGUAACGGUGUCCAGUAAUCUAGAUUUGGAUCAGGUUCAAGAUGACAUCGGAAAAAAGAUAGGACUUUAUGACGAGAUAUGGAAGAAUAAAAGACCAGAAGGAAAGAAAGAAGAUAUAUGUGGAGUGUUGAGCAAAAAGAAGUUUGUUUUGUUGUUGGAUGAUAUGUGGGAGCGCCUUGAUCUCUUAGAGGUUGGGAUUCCACUUCAAAACAAGCAAAACUCCAAGAUAGUAUUCACAACCCGUUCUAAAAAGGUGUGUGGCCAAAUGGACGCUCAUAAAACAAUUGAAGUGGAGUGUUUGCCAUGGGGGGAGGCUUGGGAUUUGUUCCAAAAGAAGGUUGGUGAAACGACCCUUAAAUCCGAUCCAAACAUACCUGAGCUAGCUAAACUUGUUGCCAAAGAAUGUGACGGCUUGCCACUUGCACUUGGUAUAGUAGGUAGAGCCAUGGCUUACAAGCAAACACCCCAAGCGUGGAAGCAUGCUAUUAAAGUGUUGAAGAACUAUGCUGUGCGAUUUCCAGGUAUGGAAAAAAAGGUGUUUCGUCCUUUACAUUUAAGUUAUGAUAGUCUACCUAGCGACACAGUGAGGUCUUGUUUCUUAUAUUGCUCUUUAUACCCUGAAGACUCGUCUAUUCCUGUAGCGGACUUGAUAAACAAAUGGAUUGGUGAGGGAUUUUUAAAUGAAUGGAAUGACAAUGAAGAUGGAGCUGAAAACCAAGGGUAUGACAUUAUUGACACACUUCUUCAAGCAUGUUUGUUGGAAAAGGUAUCUAGUGACUUAGUAAAAAUGCAUGACGUGAUACGUGAGAUGGCAUUGUGGAUAGGUCGUGAAUAUGAGAAGCAGACCGACAAGUUUUUGGUGCGAGUAGGUGGGAGGGAGACUGAAGCACCAGAAAUUUCAAAAUGGAAAGAGGUAAAGAGGAUGUCAUUGAUGGUAAAUAAAAUUGAGAGACUAAUAGGAACACCAACAUGCCCUCAGCUCACAACUUUGUUUCUGAAUGAAAAUUCUUUGAAGAUGAUCAGUAGUGGCUUCUUCCAAUCUAUGCAUGCUCUCAAAGUUCUAGACCUGUCAAUGAAUAAAUUUUUAUGUGCUUUACCAUCGGAAAUUGGUGAAUUGACUUCAUUGCAGUAUUUGAAUAUAUCUCACACGUGGAUAAGUUGGUUACCAGUUCAGCUCCAAAACUUGAUUAAUGGUGUUGUCAUCGACAAUGAAGCUAUGGUAGAGAAAUUGGAUGCUUUGAAAUUCUUAUAUUAUUUGACUAUGACAAUGACAAGUGCCUCUGUUUUCCAAAGACUAAUAAAGUGCGACAAGUUACAGAGCUGCACUCGAUGUUUACACUUGCUACGUUUCAGUUGUUGCAUCACUUUCAAUAUAUCUUCUCUGCAAUAUAUGAAGUGUCUAAAUUCCCUUUUUGUCUUGUGUUGGGACGAUUGUGAAGAUUGGGAGAUUGAUUGGAGUGUAGAAGGAAAAGAGAUAGAAACUAGAAAUAAUCCCCUUGACUUUCAUAUCAGAAACCGACCAUGCUUCCACAGCCUUCGUAGAGUAUUCAUAGAUAAUUGCAAAAGGUUGAAAAAUGCAAAAUGGAUUCUCUUUGCUCCAAACAUCGAGUCUCUCUCUAUAUCUAGCUGUGAGAAUAUGGAAGAAGUAAUUAGUGCGGGUGCGUGGAUGGAAGCUACAGAGAAAGGGAAAAUUCCAAAACCAUUUGCAAAACUAAACCAUUUGAUGUUAGGUCGUCUUCCAAAACUAAAGAGCAUCUACCACAAUCCCCUGCCCUUCCCUUGCUUGGUUGUCCUCGAUGUAAGAGAGUGUCCAGAGUUGAAGAAGCUUCCACUCAACUCUGAUAGCGCUAAAGAACAUCGAACUGCCAUGUAG